AUGAAGGUGCCCCGCAACCAAAUAGAUUGCGCGGUGUCUCAGAGCUUUAACCCGUUUGAUCAGGUCGACACUGUUGUGCCUAGGCGGGAAUCUCAUGGACUGGUUUGCAAGCCUCGAGCAAAAGAUGAUUUGCCGAAUUUGUCUGAAGAUGGUGAUAUUACCCUGGGCGGAAUAUUUUCAGCGCAUUUAGAUGUGAUCCAUGAUGUUCCUUCAUUUGUCGUUAGUCCAUCAGACGUGUAUUGUGAAAGCUUUGAUAUCUCAAGCUUUCGCCUGAUUCAGACCAUGAUAUUUGCUAUUGAAGAAAUAAACCGGAGCAAAACUCUACUUCCGAAUAUCACCCUGGGGUACGAGAUCUACGAUGACUGCUCGACUACCGCGAUAGCGUCCAAAGCAGCGCUGGCUUUGGUGAACGGAAAGCAAGAACUAAUCGAGUAUCCUGAAUGUAAAGGUUCCUCCAAUGUCGCAGCUAUUAUUGGCUGUGAUAUAUCCACGUCCUCCAUUGCAGCCGCAAGGACAGUUGGUUCUUUCAGAAUUCCAAUGAUUAGUUACUUCUCCACUUGCUCCUGUCUGAGUGAUAAACUAGAAUAUCCGACUUUCUUUAGAACGAUACCAAGCGACAAAUAUCAGUCCAAACUACUCGCUGAACUCGUAAAAACCUUUGGCUGGAAUUGGAUUGGGACGGUUAGAAGCAACACAGAGUAUGGGAAUUUUGGGAUGAGAACUUUUGUCGAAGAGGCUAAAAAAAAUGGGGUCUGUAUCGCUUACUCUGAAUCAUUUUACAGGACAGAUCCCGCCGAGAAAAUCAGCAAAAUAGUGCAGGUGAUGAAAGAGGCGACCACAAAGGUUGUGAUUGGGUUCCUCCAUGGCGGAGAUAUGCGAGUGUUAAUUAAGGAGAUAUUGCGCCAAAAUGUAACAGGGAUACAAUGGAUUGGAAGUGAAGGGUGGGUAACGAAAGAUAUAUUCUCACUUGAAGAAGAAGGCAAGUUUCUUGUUGGGGCUAUCGGUCCAGCAACCCGGAGGACAGAAAUAGUCGGCCUCAGAGACAUUUUUGUGAAGAAGUUUUGGGAGACUCUAUUCUCGUGCUCUUUAACCACAGGCGACGCGACAGAGACCCGAAGUUCUACAUUUAAAGAGCGGCCAUGCACAGGGAAUGAACAUUUAGAUGGGUUAGAAAAUGCUUACCUUCCAGAGAUAAUGGACGGAAGUUCCUACCAUGUGUACAAAGCGGUCUAUGCUGUAGCUCAUGCACUUCAUGAUAUGGUGUCCUGUGAAGAAGGCAAUGGCCCCUUUGUGAAUAAUACUUGUGCUCAUAUUUUCAGCUUUGAGUCCUGGCAGCUGCUGCAUUACCUUCACUUGGUAAAUUUCACUGCUCAGACCGGUGAAGUCAUAUAUUUUGAUGAAAAUGGUGAUCCAGAUCCAACAUAUGAAUUAGUAAAUUUACAAAUGAAUUUCGAAGGUGCGCUUGAAAUUGUGAACAUUGGAUAUUAUGAUGGUUCAGCGCUGGAGGGACAAGAACUUGUCCUGAAUAUCAGUGAUAUUGUAUGGAGCUCCACUGGAAAGCAGAUUCCACGUGCACUUUGCUCAGAACCUUGUCCUGUAGGAACAAGAAAGGUCAGCAGGAAAGGUCAGCCGUUAUGUUGUUUUGAUUGCACAGAGUGCGCCGAUGGUGAGGUUAGCAACACCACUGAUUCCACCGAUUGCAUGCGAUGUCCUUUGGAAUACUGGUCGAAUGAGCAAAAAGAUGAAUGUAUACCCAAAAAGAUUGAAUUUCUUUCUUUUCAAGAGGCUCUGGGCUGCUUCUUAGUGGGGCUUGCUUUGGUGGGAGUGUGUCUUGCAGUGGCUGCAGCUACCGUUUUCUUCCGGUAUCGGGAAACCCCUAUCGUUCGAGCGAACAAUUCGGAGCUGAGCUUUCUCCUUCUCUUUGCGCUAACGCUUUGCUUCCUGUGCACGCUCACCUUCAUUGGGAAACCGACCAGAUGGUCCUGCAUGUUUCGGCGGACUGUAUUUGGAAUUGUGUUUGUUCUGUGUAUUUCCUGUAUUUUGGGGAAAACCAUUCUUGUUGUGAUCGCUUUUAAAGCAACUCUUCCCAACAACAAUUUGAUGAACUGGUUCGGACCGAAGCAGCAACGGUUAGGAGUGUUUGGCCUCACAUUUCUUCAAGUUUUAAUUUGCACGAUCUGGCUCAUCGUAUCACCUCCAUAUCCAGUGAAAAACAUGACCUAUUAUAAAGAUAUUAUAAUUUUGGAAUGUGACGUGGGUUCUUUAAAAGCCUUUUAUUUUGUGUCCAGCUACAUUGGUCUUCUGUCCACUGUAUGCUUCCUGCUGGCUUUUCUUGCCCGGAAACUUCCUGACAAUUUCAAUGACGCGAAGUAUAUAACUUUCAGUAUGCUGAUCUUCUGUGCUGUUUGGAUCACUUUUAUUCCAGCUUAUGUCAGCUCCCCUGGAAUGUACACUGUGGCUGUAGAGGUGUUUGCUAUUUGGGCAUCAAGCUUUGGUUUGCUCGUCUGUAUUUUUGCUCCGAAAUGUUAUAUUAUCUUACUGAAACCGGAGAAUAAUACGAAGAAAAACAUGAUGGGCAAAGAGUCUUCACUGUAG